AUGUCGGCCCGGUAUAGCGUGGACUGGUACUUGCUUGUUGUUACUACUAUCAAUGGGCUAACAGCAGGCUUCCUGUAUGUCAGCUCAACGACAGCCAUGCAGACAUACCCAGACCAGAGGGACCGCGGGUGGUACCUCGGCUUAUGGUCGGCCAUGAUGAACUCGGGUGCUGUUGUUGGGGGUAUCAUCAACUUCGCCAUCAACUACCGCCGCUCUAGCGCCGGCGGUGUGGCCUGGUUCACGUACCUUAUCUUCCUUGGCCUUGAGUGCACAGGUUUCAUCUGGGCCCUCCUCUUGUCGCCGACGGCGCGGGUCCGGCGCAAGGACGGGACGCGGCCGGACCUGUCGGGGCGCAAUAUCACCUGGAAGGGCGAGUUUGAGGCGCUCUGGGCGCAUGCCCGGCAGAAGACGUCGUGGCUCGUUUUUGUUCCUGCCUUUUACUCCUUCUUUUACGGCGGCACCAUGGGCACCUACCUCACCCUCCACUUCUCCGUGCGCGCACGCGCGCUGUCCACCAUGGUCACGCCUAUGUGCACCGUUCCUAUGGUUAUGGUCUACGGGAAGCUGCUUGACAUGCAGCGUUUGUCUCAGAAGACCCGGGCUUGGGUUGCUCUGUGCUCCUGGGUGCUUCCUCAAGCUGCAUCCUUUGUAUGGCUUGGAGUUGAGUACCACAAGUUUGGAACUGGCAGCUCUACAGGGUUAGACCCUGUUGUCAACAGCCGCCGCUGGGCUGAGGCCUACCUGCCAUUCCUCAUUAUAUUCACGACAGGCUACUGGACGCAGCUCUCACUUUACUGGAUUCUAGGCACCUUUGCUAUUGAUGUCAAGUCGACGGCGCGGUCGACCGGGUUGUUCCGCGCCUUCACGACGUGCGGGAUGGCUGUGUCAUACGGCAUCAACUCGAGCGCAAGCUUAGAUCCUCGCGUACCAUUGUGCAUCAAUGCCGCUCUUAUCGCGCUGGUCAUACCCUGCAUGAUUGCACUUAUUCGUCUGAUUCCAGAGAAAGUUGAUACAAGCCCGGACGAGGAGCAGGAGAAGACUUCUGCCUGA